CGCUCCGAGGUGAUCGCGCGCGGCGCCCCCUCCGUGCGCGCAGCCCGAGCCGCCGCAGCGAUGAAUUCUGCCGAGCAGACCGUUACGUGGCUCAUCACCCUGGGCGUGCUGGAGUCGCCCAAGAAAACCAUUUCGGACCCCGAGGUCUUCUUGCAAGCCUCGCUCAAGGACGGGGUGGUCCUGUGCAGACUGCUCGAACGUCUGCUGCCCGGGACCAUCGAGAAAGUCUACCCGGAGCCGCGGAACGAGAGCGAGUGCCUGAGCAACAUCCGCGAGUUCCUGCGCGCCUGCGGGGCGUCCCUGCGCCUAGAGACUUUUGAUGCAAAUGAUUUAUAUCAGGGGCAGAACUUUAACAAGGUCCUCAGCUCCUUGGUGACACUAAAUAAAGUGACAGCAGACAUUGGACUAGGAAGUGACUCGGUGUGUGCUCGGCCCUCUUCACAUCGGAUAAAGUCUUUUGAUUCCCUGGGAUCCCAGUCUUCACAUAGUAGAACUUCAAAAUUGCUUCAGAGCCAGUACCGAAGCUUGGACAUGACUGAUAACAGCAGCAGCCAGCUAGUGGUCCGAGCCAAGUUUAACUUCCAGCAGACCAAUGAAGAUGAGCUCUCCUUCACGAAGGGCGAUGUCAUCCAUGUCACACGAGUGGAGGAAGGUGGCUGGUGGGAGGGCACGCACAGUGGCAGGACCGGCUGGUUCCCCAGCAACUAUGUGCGAGAGAUCAAGCCAAGUGAGAAGCCUGUGUCACCCAAAUCAGGAACUUUGAAGAGCCCCCCCAAAGGGUUCGACACAACUGCCAUCAACAAGAGCUAUUACAACGUGGUGCUACAGAAUAUCCUAGAAACAGAGCAUGACUAUUCUAAGGAGCUACAGUCUAUGCUUUCGACCUACCUGCGGCCCCUGCAGACCAGCGAGAAGUUGAGUUCAGCAAACACUUCAUAUUUAAUGGGAAAUCUAGAGGAAAUAUCUUCCUUCCAGCAAGUGCUUGUGCAGUCCUUAGAAGAAUGUACCAAGUCUCCUGAGGCCCAGCAGAGAGUUGGCGGCUGCUUCCUGAGCCUGAUGCCACAGAUGAGGACCCUGUACCUCGCUUACUGUGCCAACCACCCGUCUGCUGUGAGCGUCCUCACAGAACAUAGUGAGGACCUGGGUGAGUUCAUGGAAUCAAAAGGUGCCAGCAGUCCUGGGAUCCUGGUGCUGACCACUGGCCUCAGCAAGCCCUUCAUGCGCCUGGACAAGUACCCAACACUGCUGAAGGAGCUGGAGAGACACAUGGAGGAUUAUCAUCCUGAUAGACAAGAUAUUCAGAAGUCUAUGACUGCCUUCAAAAACCUUUCAGCCCAGUGUCAAGAAGUUCGGAAAAGGAAAGAGCUGGAGCUGCAGAUUCUGACGGAGCCCAUCCGCAGCUGGGAGGGGGAUGACAUAAAGACGCUGGGCACUGUUACUUACAUGUCCCAAGUCACGAUUCAGUGCGCAGGAAGCGAGGAAAAGAAUGAGCGAUACCUCCUGCUCUUCCCAAGUCUUCUGCUCAUGUUGUCUGCCAGUCCCAGGAUGAGUGGUUUCAUCUAUCAGGGAAAGCUACCGACGACAGGAAUGACAAUCACAAAACUUGAGGACAGCGAGACCCAUAGGAAUGCGUUUGAAAUAUCAGGGAGCAUGAUCGAGCGGAUUCUGGUGUCUUGCAACAACCAGCAGGACCUGCAUGAAUGGGUGGACCAUCUACAGAAGCAGACGAAGGUUACAUCUGUGAGCAACCCCACCAUCAAGCCCCACUCUGUGCCGUCACACACACUUCCCUCCCAUCCUAUCACUCCAUCCAGCAAGCACGCGGACAGCAAGCCUGUGGCACUGACGCCUGCAUACCACACGCUCCCCCACCCCUCUCACCAUGGCACCCCACACACCACCAUCAGCUGGGGACCCCUGGAGCCUCCGAAGACCCCCAAGCCUUGGAGCCUGAGCUGCCUGCGGCCUGCACCUCCCCUCCGGCCCUCAGCUGCUCUCUGCUACAAGGAGGAUCUUAGUAAGAGCCCCAAGACCAUGAAGAAGCUGCUGCCGAAGCGGAAGCCUGAGCGGAAGCCUUCAGACGAGGAGUUCGCUGUGCGCAAGAGCACUGCUGCUCUGGAGGAAGAUGCGCAGAUCCUGAAGGUCAUAGAAGCCUACUGCACAAGUGCGAAGACACGGCAGACCCUGAACUCAACAUGGCAAGGCACUGACCUGAUGCAUAAUCACGUCUUGGCUGAUGACGACCAAUCAAGUCUAGACUCCUUGGGUCGUCGCAGUAGCCUUUCUCGUUUGGAGCCCUCAGACCUCUCGGAAGACUCUGAGUAUGACAGUAUAUGGACAGCCCAUAGCUACAGAAUGGGGUCUGCAUCCCGUUCACGUAAGGAAUCUGCACCGCAAGUGUUGCUUCCAGAAGAAGAAAAAAUUAUAGUCGAAGAAAUCAAAAGCAAUGGGCAGACCGUGAUAGAGGAAAAGAGCCUUGUGGACACGGUGUACGCACUGAAGGAUGAAGUCCAAGAGUUAAGACAGGAUAACAAAAAGAUGAAGAAAUCCUUAGAGGAGGAGCAGAGGGCCCGCAAGGACCUGGAGAAGCUGGUGAGGAAGGUUCUAAAGAACAUGAAUGACCCUGCUUGGGACGAGACCAAUCUCUAGGCUGAUGUCACUCUCACAGGCCGAAGACCAGCAGUUCCCAGACAAGGCUGGGGUCUUGGGCCCGAGCACAGUGACAUCCAGGACUAAGGCAGGCGGUCUUCAUCAGGAUUUUGCUGAUGUAACUACACGUGAGUCAUAGACACUGCGGCCUGGGCUGAGCAUAUGUCUGCCGGCUUCUCCAUGCAGUGACAGACCAGAGUCCUCGGGCUUUUGGACUUCAAUUGAAUCUGUAAUAGCAUACCUGUGUACUUGUUGUAAAUACUGAUCUUUGAACACAUA